UCUGUCUUCACAAUUCUUUUGCUUCAAUAAAAACCUUAUCUUCAAAAUUUUCUUCAACCCCUUCUCCAAUGGCUUCUUCUUCUUCUUCCCUCCAUUUCCUUUCACUUACACCACAAACACUCCCAAAACCCACUUCCCAAACAACUUCAAUUUCCUUCUUUUCACUUCCUCCUUCCUCUUUAAACCUUUCUUUAUCAUCUUCUUCAACCCCAAGAAACUUCGAAUCUUCUCGUUUUGUUCGUAAAGUAACCCUUUCUGAUUUUGACCAAAUUGAGGAAGUUGAGGCUGGUGAUGAUGAUGAGGAGGAGGGGGGUUUGAGUGAUGAAGGUGCUUCAUAUGAAGAACGUAAUGCCAAUCCUGACCUUAAAAUCUUUGUUGGUAAUUUGCCUUUCAGUGUUGACAGUGCGGCUCUUGCUGAGCUUUUUGAGCGUGCUGGAGAUGUUGAAAUGGUUGAGGUUAUCUAUGACAAGCUUACAGGAAGAAGCAGAGGUUUUGGCUUUGUGACAAUGUCCUCCAAAGAGGCAGUUGAAGCCGCCUGUCAACAAUUUAAUGGCUAUGAAAUUGACGGGAGGGCACUGAGGGUGAAUUCUGGGCCAGCACCACCCAAAAGGGAGAAUUCUUUCGGGGACAAUUCUUCUUACCAGGGAGGUAGGGGUGGAGGGAGUAUGGACAGUUCCAACAGAGUCUACGUAGGAAACCUUGCAUGGAGUGUUGACCAACAGCAACUUGAGACCUUGUUCAGUGAGCAAGGAAAGGUCGUGGAUGCCAAAGUAGUCUAUGAUAGAGAUAGCGGUAGAUCAAGGGGCUUUGGAUUUGUAACAUACAGUUCCGCUAAGGAGGUCAACGAUGCAAUUGAAAGCUUGGAUGGUGUUGACCUAGGUGGCAGGGCCAUCCGUGUAAGUCCUGCUGAAGCUCGUCCACCCAGACGUCAAUUCUGAAGAUUGUAGCCAACAUCUUUUUGACCGAGAAAAGGCUUGAGGGUCCAGGAGGUGACGAUAGUUGCAGAAAUGAAUGAGUUAUGAACUUUGCAACAGCUAUCUUAAACUUGCGCGGACAAACUACUCUCUACUUCUGGACUAACUAGAGCUCUCAAGUAAAUUAGUUUUCGUAAUGUAUGUUCUGAAAUUGCCUCAGGAAGAAAUUCUGAUCUUGUAAUAUGAUUCUAUCCAUCACUUGUUGACAGACAAGACAAUGAAAAAGUUUGAUACUCUUCGAAAA